ACUUAUUAAUAAUCACGGCGGUUAGCAUUGCUUCAUUUUUUUUUAGAUAGUGGAAGUUUAUCUCAGAAAACGAAGAAUAUAUUCGUUCAACUUUUAAAAAUGGGUUCGAUAGUUUUGAAAAGUCUAAGCGUUUUAUUAGGUUUGUUUUUUAUAUUUGUAGGGAUUUUAAAAAUAACAUGUUUUCUAAGUAAAGAACUGCACAAAGAUAUGAGAAAAGAGUACGUGAAGUAUGCUAAAGUGUUUCCAUUUAAUGAGCUGAUAGGAUACAAAAUUCCAGCUAAAUGGUAUCGAAAGAUCGUAGGGACGAUGGAAAUAAUUUGCGGAUUUGCUUUAAUGGUCAUUCCCAAAGCCAACAUAAAACAGGCAGCUAAUGUUACGUUGAUAGCUAUGAUGGCAUUAAAUAUAUACUCACAUUACAUGGUGAACGAUCGUUUCGAACGUAUUGCCCCGGCGUUGGUGUUUUUCUUUAUGCUAAUUGGAAGACUAGUAAUCGAAUGGCAGAUUAAUAGACAACAACGGUUACUGAAUGGUGAUUUAAAAGUUCCCAAACACGAAUGAUGAUUGCUGCACUGAUGAAUUCUGAUGGUUUUAUAGUUCAGAAAAAACAUACAUAUUAUUUCCUAUGUGAAUGUAAAUUGCUCUUAUAAUAAAUGUGUACCUAUAUCAUAAGGUUUAUUCGCAAUCUACAUAUUGAGACUUUUUUUUUUGCGGAGAUCCGUGUAAUUUUCUUUGUAAAAACGAAUUAUAAUACUCAACCCAAAAAGCAGAAAAUGGGGUAGGUAAUUCUAAUUUUGUGAAUGUGAAUCCUUAUUUUAUAUCACUCGUAUUAAUGUAAAAACAUGUCGUUUUGUGUUGCGUAUCAAUCGCUGCAUUUCAAUGAGGUUUCCUCAUGUCACGAUUAUGAAUAUUCAGUAGCUUGUAUAAUAUUAGCAAUCAAUGAAAGUUUUAUUGUUCUUAAUUUUUAAGAAAUUGUAUCUUGUAAAUUAAAUUAUUUUUUGAAAUCACUAUGAAAACGAUAUAUUUGUAGGAAAUUGCCAAAAAUACUCUAAAAUAAGACUUGCUCAAUCAUUAAGUUAUAUUGCAUGAUUUAAAUUAAAUAAUUGCUGUUUUUUGAAUGGUGUUCCUACUUUUUGUAAGUUUUCAAUUUUUGUCAACCCUUUUAUAUGUACUUAUAUUUUCAACGAUGAAAGUUGUAUUAGGCCUAAUUCAAUAAAAAUACCACAUUUUUGUUC